AUGUCGAUAUUUUACCUCCCUCCCAUCAUGGAUGUCCGGGCUUUUGUAAAUAAAAAGCCCGAGGAGAAAUUGAGGUUAAAACGACUGCUUCGAAAGAUGGGGCCCUCAUCAAAUAAAGAAAAGGGGUCGCUCACGGACUUGAGUUAUUUCCAACUCGACACGAGACAUCCCCGGUUCUGGUUGGCAGAGAUAGGCGAGCGUGAAUUCCUAGGCUCGAAGUGGGACAUCUUCAACGAUCCAGACCUGGACGAUGCCGUCCAUCACCGGUGGUUCCAGGGCCAAGAGUGGGACAUCUCAUGCUUGGUGAGCGCAGGCAGACCUCACGAAACUCCAUCCCCGGGGCAGCGUCAUGUUUCCUCUGUUGUCCUUUCCAUCCCCGAUUUCGUAGAUCGCAUCGGCUGGGACUGGCUGGUAGCCCUGCUCGCGAGAAAUGACUUACUGAGGCACGCCAAGAUCAUACCGCACUCGGCUGCGCUGGUGCAGUACUAUCUGCACACUGGAUUACUCACGUCCGUCUGGCCGGAUGAUGCGAGGGAGCCAUCGACGGUCGUCAUCUCUCUAUGUACAGACGAAAUGGUGGUGGAGUGCUGUCCUCUAACUUUGCACAAGGCCUCACACUCAUCUAUCGAGAUUCGGGAGUACCCGGAAGCCUUUAUGGCUGAGGCUAAUGGAUUGAAUCACGCCCAGGCCAUGUUCGCGCAGUGGUAUAGCAAGAUCAUAAAGGCAUGGUUCAAGCAGAACAAUAAGAAGCCUGCGGAGGGGAGGUAG